AUGGUAUCUCAGAAACCACUUUGCUUUAACUCAUCUUACUUAAGAAAUUUUCCUGUAGUUGAGGCACCGAAUGUUUGGUAUAGCCUCUUUGCCCUAAAACACGUUUGUUCCUACGUUGCAUACAUUGAGUACGUAUGCAGCAUUGUUGUACAAGUCGAUGUAAGUUUGAGUUUGCUGCAGUUUCCUAGAAGUGUAAUAAUGGAGGAGGAAAAGUUAGAUGAAUCAAGCGUUUUUUCAUCAUCGGAGGAUUAUUCGUUGGACAGUCCUUUGGAACCAUCUCCGAAACAUUUAAAUUUAGAUGAACUAUUUGGCUUUAGCGCGGCUCGUAGAAAACUCGAAGAAAAGAAACGACUGGUUCCUGAAGAACCAAAGUUUUUCCCGCACAGAGCUUUCAUAAACAACGUCGACAUUUUCAAUGCGAAAUAUAUUAGUGCGCACUUGGCUAGCCAGAUUGUUGGUGGUACAAAAGCACAGGAUGAGGAAGAGGAGGAAGAAGAAGAACCUGAAGCUGAAGAAGAUGAGCUGGGGUUAGAGGAAAGUGAUGAAAAUGCAGCAAAAAAGGAGAAGGUGAAACCAGAACCGAGCUAUUAUGAAGUGGUUGCAACACUGAAGUAUAAAGAUCACACACCACCAGAGGAAGUGAAGGAAAUUAUAAAGGAGGCUCCAAUGAGCCCACAAUUUUUAGAAAAAGUUAUGAAAUGUGGAUUCAUAAUAUAUGAUAUUUCAGUGGACUCAAGUCAAAUCAGUGAUGCAAUGUGGACAUUGAAAGCCAUCGAAAAGGAAUUAGAAGCAUUCCAUGAGAAAACUCCAUUGGCUUUCUCGAGUAUGCAAGACAUCCGACACUUCAUUCUUUUGUCUACAGUAAUGACAUGGGCACUCACAAAGCCAGUGGAUCCUGUUCCUAGCCUUUUCUUCUGUCAGUUGAAUGAUAAGUUAACAAACCAAGUAGCUCUUUAA